AUGGCCUGGCGAGCAACCGAUAAUCUUAGAUGCUAUCUUCAAGAGGCUCGACUGCCACAGAUGAAACCCGGUCCUACCGUGCAAAGACAGCUUUCUGAAAAUAGCCAUGCAUUCGACAAUACCCUUUCCGUUAGAUCGGAGCGCUAUAGAAAGCUACAACGGGUGUUGCCUCUUAAUAGAGAGGAACUCGAUGAUUAUAUAUGUGCAUGGACGGAGGAAUUUGUCCCGUGUUUAUCACUCGGCGUGGAAGACGAGGAUGAAAAAACGGGAGAGCGUUUCAGCGUUCCAUGUCAACCGUUUUACAACGUUCCUCCUCUUCCCCUCGGAAGGCCAGCUGAUAUCGAGCGCCUAUUCAUGUGGAUGGAUCACCUUCCUUUAGAAACUGUCCAGCGCACCGUGCACCUUCUGUAUCCCCAAACCCGAAAAUGGACAUUUAUCUCCGGCGAAGACAGCACAGACUACCGAUUGUUUAGAAGCCUCAUGUGGUCACUGCCUAUUGAGGAACCAUCAACUCACCCUGAAGUGACCCAUCAUUCGCUCUGCAUAUUCUUACAACCACCGUGGAUUCUUUCCGUUGAGGACAUGGAAUACUUCGCAGCAUAUCAAUCAUUUCAUUUGUUCAACUCCAAUGGAAGCUCGCCACCACUUUCGUUACGCAAUAAUGACAAGAUUUGGAGCAAGGUCUGGGACACAUGCGUGCGCAAAGACUGUCCAUGGUUUGUUGUAUCUACUUAUGCGCACUGGGUAUUCGGGGUCUUUUCCACAGGAUGGACUGCGGCGUUUGUAUCGCCAGUGUAUAGCUAUGAUUCACACGACCCAACAAUCCUACAAACAUUGCUUUUCUGGGCUGUAUCUGCCAUGGGUUUACCAGGAGGUUGGAAAAUCCCAGUGGAUCGUACAGAGCCUGCAGUUCCAAGGCAAGAGGUUCCAUGCACCGUGUACGACAUCAUAGAUCUAAGAACGGCGGAGAAAGAAGCGUUGGCUCAUUUUUCACCCUACGCGUCGAUGUCCGGAUAA